AUGGGAAAAGCGGCUAGGAAAGUAAUUAAUAAAGGAUCAUCACAAAGGAAGAAUCCAGUUAAAAAAAUCGAAAAUCAAAAGAAGAUUGAAAAGAAGAUUGGAAAGCAGAUUGAAAAAGAAAGGAAAAGUGAGAGUGAAGAUGAAAUAGUUCAGAAUAAAGAUGAAUUGAAAUUCUCUAAAAGUCAUUCUGAAAGUGAAUCUAGUGACGAUAGCGACUAUCAGAUUAAGGAUUCAGAAGGCAGUGAUGACGACGAGGAUAAUUCAUUUGGUGGAUUUUCAGACUCAGACUCAGACUCGGAUUCCGAUUUAGAGGUGAAAGAUGAGAAAUCAAAGAAACCAACAAAAUUGGAUUUAGAAGAAGCUGAAGGUCAAAAGAAACACAAAGUCGAAAAACAGAAGAUUACAAGUACUAAUAAAAGCAAAGAUGACAAGACUAAGAGUAAGAGUAAAAAGGGAGUAAUCUAUAUUGGCAGAUUACCCCAUGGUUUUUACGAAAAGGAACUUUUGAAAUAUUUUUCACAAUUUGGAGAUAUAACAAAAUUAAGAGUUUCACGUAAUAAGAAGACUGGGAAAUCAAAGCAUUAUGGGUUUAUUGAGUUUGAAGAUUUGGAAGUGGCUAAGAUUGCAGCCGAGACGAUGAACAAUUACUUGGUGUUCAACCAUAUUUUGAAAUGUAAUUUGAUAAACGACGAGUUGUUGAAAUCGUUCAAAAUACAUAGUGUUGAUGAGCUAUUUAAAGGAAGCGACAAGAAGUUUGAAGUUGUGCCAUGGAGAAGCAUUUAUAAUAACAAAUCGGAGAAAAAACGAAAACUAAACCAGUGGAAUAAGCUAAAGAGGGAGCAGUUGAAGAGAUUGGACAAAAAGCAAGAGAAGUUGGAUCAGUUGGGUUUCGAGUACAACAUCAAAGAGCUCUUGAACAUUGAAAGUGUAUAA